GUAUGUCAAUGUAUUCACUGCUCCCUCAAAACACACAACUGUCCGCUCAUUGAGUCAACACAACUCCCAACACAACAUCACAUCAACAACACUAACACUACUCACACCCGACCACAGGUGGCGCUACCCUUCCCUCCCCUCCCGGCCCUCACAGACAACACAAACACACAUUCAUUGACUCGAUUUGACUCCAAUUUGCACUGAAUCUGCAUUUCGUGUCCAAACAGUUUAGAAACACUUUUCUCGUCUCAACACAACUCACUCCCCAUUGAGUCCAAUCUCUCAGAAUGGGUUCAAAGAUGGCUCAAACCAAUUGGGAAAUGGCUAACAGUAUGGAAAAUGUGGAAAGUAUUGACGAGAUCUACAAAUAUAACCGCAAACAACAACAAGACAUCCUCACAGCCAAGCCGUGGGAAAAGGAUCCUCACUAUUUCAAAGACAUCCGCGUGAGUGCGUUGGCGCUGUUGAAGAUGGUGAUGCACGCCAGAAGUGGUGGCACUCUGGAAGUGAUGGGUCUGUUGUUGGGCAAAGUGGACGCCAACACAAUGAUAGCGAUGGACUCGUUUGCGCUGCCGGUUGAGGGGACA